ACCUCCUCAUCGAAGAACCGAUGGGUUGUCCUCGGGAUUCACCGCAUAGAAGUCUCUUCUCUUGAUCGGAACACACCUCAUACGAUACCGCCCACGUUCUCCCAUGGCGGCGCAGCGACCGCACACGGAGCGGCCGUUGUACAAGAUGAGCGUCCAGCUCAUCGACACGUACAAGCUCAUUAACAAGGUCUACUACGAAAAGAAGGCGAAGCGCAAGGUCACGCAGCGGGCCGCGGAGGCGUCCAACGAGUGGGACGACGAGAACUACGACUACGUGCUGUCCAUGGAGGACUCCUUCGGCGAGCACUACGUCAUCAAGGAGCGCAUCGGCAAGGGGUCGUUCGGCCAGGUCGUCCGCGCGCACGACACGCGGACGCGGAGCGACGUCGCCAUCAAGAUCAUCAAAUCCAAGAAGCCCUUCGCGAUCCAGGCCCAGACGGAGAUCGAGCUGCUCCGCGCGCUCCGCGCCGCGGACCGCGACGACAAGCAGAACGUCGUCCGCCUCAUCGACCACUUUGUGUACCGGGGCCACCAGUGCCUCGUCUUCGAGAUGCUGUCCUACAAUUUGUACGAGCUGCUGAAGAACACGCAGUUCCACGGCGUGUCGCUGAACCUCGUGCGCAAGUUCGCGAAGCAGAUCCUGCACGCGCUCGCGUUCCUCGCGCGGCCGGACGUCGCGAUCAUCCACUGCGACCUCAAGCCGGAGAACAUCCUGUUGCGCCACCCGAAGCGGAGCGCCAUCAAGGUCAUCGACUUUGGGAGCUCGUGCAAGAGCGACCGGCGCAUGUACUCCUACAUCCAGUCCCGGUUCUACCGGUCGCCCGAGGUCAUGCUGGGCCUGCCGUACACGGUGGCCAUCGACGUCUGGUCGCUGGGCUGCAUCCUCGUGGAGAUGCACACGGGCGAGCCGCUCUUCUCCGGCGCGGACCAGCUGGACCAGAUGCGGAAGCUCGUCGAGGUCCUGGGCAUGCCGCCGGAGUCGAUGAUCGAAGCCUCGGACAAGGCGUGCCGCGACCAGUACUUCGCGCCGAACCCCGCGUGCACGUCGCCGUCGCUGGGCCACAAGGCCGGCGACGCGGCCGCGGCCGCGCCGCGGGGCCGGGGCUUGGAGUCCAUCGUCGGCGGCGGCGGCGGCGGGCCCGGCGGCCGGCGCAAGGGCGAGCCGGGCCACGGCGAGCAGAACUACGCCCUCUUCCUCGACCUCGUGCAGCGCAUGCUCGAGUACUCGCCGUCCGCGCGCAUCGAGCCCGCGGACGCGCUGCUCCACGACUUCCUC